AUGAAAAGUUCUGACUGUAAAUAUUUAUGUGUUAGUAAUGGAAGCAAAAUUGCUCUUUUUAAUCGUCUUCGUUCACAAACAGUUUCUACAAGAUAUUUGCAUGUAGAAAAUGGUUGUUUUCAUGCAAGUUCGACAAAAUGGGGAGCUUUCCAUAUUAAUUCUGAUAACCCCCAGCCUUUUACAACUAACAACUCAAAUAAUAAUCAAACCUCAACAAUUAUAACUUAUGGAUCUGUUAUUCAAUUAAUUGAUGCUCAAUCAAAUAUUGCAUUACCUAAACUUAGAAUAAGAAAAGUUGAUAAACAAAUGGUUUUGUUAGACCCUUCUAGUCAAGGUGAACCUGUCAGUCAAUUACACAAAUGUGCAUUCCAAAUGGUUGAUACAAGUGGAGGAGGUGCUGUUGUUGCCGGACAAGAAUCCCUUUAUUUGUGUUUAUCACACGAUAAAAUAAUUCAGCACCAAGCUGUCCGAAUAGACCCUAAUAGACAUCAAAUAAGUGAUGGGGCUGCUUGGACAAUAAUAUCCACCGACAAGAGUGAAUAUAGAUGGGCUGAGCCCUUAGCCAAUAUUGGAUCUUUUGCCCGUCUGCCAAUUACCCCAAUGCCACAAUUACAUAAUUUAAAUAUUUCCAGUUUAAAUACAGAAACAAAUAAUGGAAUUAAAUCGGAAAUUCCAACAAAUAUCGAAUUAAAUGGUUCCAACUUUUCCCCUUCAAUACGGGUAUGGAUUGGAGCUACCCCAACAGAAACAAUUUUUUGUUCUUCUGAACGUUUAAAUUGUUCAAUUCCUUUUUUAAAUUUAAUUUGUUCGGAUUUGGGAUUUAACACAGAAACAGCCAUUUUGGCUAAUUCAAAUAAUGGAAAUGAAAAAUUAGAUGUUCCUAUUUUACUUGUUAGAGAAGAUGAUUCUGUUGUUUUUCCGACUUCUUUAAGCUUUACUUAUAGCUUGACUGGGUGA